UAUUCCACCGUUGAAACGUUCAAAUGAAAUAAGAAAAAAAAAACAUAAAAAGCCCACUGCAGGCCCCUAUUAUAUGCCUCCUCCUUUUUCGCAAAAUAAAGGUGAAGGAAAGCAGAGGAAAGACAAAGACGGCGACCACCACGAACCUAAGCUCCUCUUUGAUUUCUCCAGAAAAACAAUGGCAGACAAGCCAUUACCAAAGUUUGGAGAAUGGGAUGUGAAUGACCCUUCUUCAGCUGAGGGGUUCACCGUUAUCUUCAACAAAGCUAGAAACGAGAAAAAAGGUGGUGGCCAAUCUGACUCACCAGGGAAAGAUGAACAACCUCCUGGAUUUAAUAAAAACGGCCAUGUCCUUGGGAAGCCCUCUAAAAAGUGGUUUUGCUGUAUAUAAGUGGUGAGGUCUUCGCCUUGCAAGGUCGUUUUAUCUAUAUAUCUAAGUGUCAAGAAGACUGGAGCUCGUCUGAGAAGCCAUGACUGGCACUUCUGGAUAUCUGGUCGGAGUUGUUUCUGAGUGGUGUGUGUUUUGCUGUCUCCGGUGGUCAGGUGCAAGGAUGAUGAAUGUAUUUAGAUAACAACAGUAUUUAGAUAACAACAGUGUCGUUUCUUUGUAUUUGUGUGAUUGGAUGUGUUUGUGUUGUAUUCUUCACUUGUGAGUUAUUUACCGCUGAAUAUUUGAUUGAUCU